AUGUCUGAGUACACACAACCUCGUAAAAGACUUAUCAUCAAACUCAAAUACCCUCCUGGUUCUAGGAAACAUGAUUCAGAUUCUUGUGGCAGAGAUGAAAACAAGAGAAGGAAGAUUGAAGAUUCUGUAAAACCAAUCAUAACAUGUUAUUGGGUUGAUUCAAAUUAUCAUACUAAAUCAUCAGCUUUGUCUCAACCAAAGAAUAAUGACAAUGUUGUUGAAGACAAGAAGAUGAUCAAGAACCAAGUUUCCAAAACAACAGCUUUGGCUCAACCAGAGGAUAAUGACAAUGUUGUUGAAGACAAGAAGAUGAUCAAGAACAAAGUUUUCAAAACAAGAGCUUUGUCUCAACCAAAGGAUAAUGACAAGAAGGUGAUCAAGAACCAACUUUCCAACACAAUUAUGCCUAAUAACAUUGUUGUUGAAAACAAGAACCAAGUUUCAAAAACAGAAAUAGCUUUUAACGGUCGGAAAGAAAGUUCAAGAGGUGAACCGAUGGAGUGUGUUAAGAGGAGGCAAUGUUGGUUGAUAUUGAAGAUAAUGAUGGUCGAUAGAGAUGGGUGGGAUUUGAAAGAUCCUCCAAAAAUAGCAAUGAUUGAUAAGUCUGAGUUAAAGUCAAAAGCAAUUGGUUUGAAGGAUAUUGAGAGAAAAUUGAGGUUGUAUGCAACACCUGAUGAGUUUGCUAGUGACAUAAGGCUUGUGUUCUCAAAUGCAAUGCUCAUGUAUCCUCCAAGGAAUCAUAUCUACCAAAUUGCAAAAAAGUUUAGUGAAAAUUUUGAACAUAAAUGGAAGUCAUUGAAGGAUACGUGGAAACUUGAGGAUAGAAAAAGAAGCAAGACUCACAAGAGUACAAGAUACUAA